UGUAAAUAUCUUUAUGCGAUUCGCUUUACAUCUGUUUACAGCAUCCUGUAUGAGAUAUAUUAUGAAUUAGUAUUUUAUUAUUAUACUGAUUUGUGUUCAGUGGAUAUACUUUUGUGUGGUAUCAGUAAGUGAUAUUUUACGUUAGAGCGGUCACAAAAUUUUAAAUAUAAUGUUGGCUUAAAGCGUACGGAGUAUGAAACUUUUGGAGCUGAAAAUUUCAAUACGUAUGAUAACACAGAAAUGCAGCCGCAUACUAAUCAAGAAAACGUACAACAUGAUGGAAAUACAAGGAGCAAAAAUAACAGAAGGAGGAAGAAAGUGUGUAUUGUCAAAGUUGUUGCAGUCAUUACAUUGCUUGUGGUAACACUGGUUGUUAUGGCAAAUGUUUUCCUGUCCUCUAAACAACAAGGCGUCAGUUGCCCUAUUCAUACGAACAUCAGCAAUGGACAAAUAAUAAGAACGACCGGAUCAAGACAGGGCGACAUCCUUGAAAUUAAAUGUGGCAACAACAGUAAACUAAACGGAUCGAGCCCAGUGAUAUGUUUGUCCUCUGGAAUGUGGAGCGCCAGCACAGACUGUAUUUCUAAAGACUGCGGGCGAUUUCCAUUAAAACAAAAUAUGAUAGCAAACUCAGGUAUAAAUAGAACCGCUGUGGGAUCGAUGAUAUCUUUGUCGUGUAUAGAAGGCUUUAUUUUGUCAGGGAAUAAAUCCAUCAUUUGCCAGACAAAUGAAAUGUGGGCUGAAACACCUACAUGCAAACCUGUGGAUUGCGGACCUCCAAAGAAUGUAACUAACUCUAGGCAACUAGACAUUGUGAAAACAACAUAUAAUAACUCAUUUACUGUCGAGUGCAUACGUGGAUAUGCAUUAAUUGGCUCUAAAACAGUAACAUGUGAUAAACACGGACAAUGGGAUGCCUUGCCUGAUUGUAAAAUUGUGUCUUGUGGAAUACCCAAUUUGCCUGCGCACGCAAGUUUAACAAACCUAACAGGAACAACAUUCCAGUCGAACAUGUCUAUGAAGUGUGAUGAAGGCUAUCUUUUGCACGGAAAUCCUGUCAUCUGGUGCACGAGUAGUGGAAAGUGGACAGCUUUACCAACAUGCAAACCAUUAGACACAACUAUUCCUUGA